AUGCCAACAGCUCCUGAGCAGUGUGUGAGUGGUGUAGGGGUGGCGGUUAGGUGGCUGGCGAUAGAGCUCAGCGGCCGACAGGGCCUGGUAGCUGGCAAGGAGCAACGGUUGGUAGGGUUUCCAGGUGGUGGGAGGUCGGUGGCCGAUGGGAGCGUGGCGACCAAUGAGUGGGGUUUCUCAGUGGUGGUGACAGGCGAGGAGAGGACCACGGGCCUUGCAGGGGGCGGCGGUCGGGUGGUGGCCCGGUGGCCGGCCAAAAAAAAGGGUCGGGGACUGAGCGGUGCCGGAGGCGCUGCAUGGAGGCCAAUGGCGGUGGGCUGCAUGGAGGCUAACGGCGGCGGUAGGCAGGGCAACCGGGAGGAUUCCGGCGGUGGGGAGACCAGCGGCGGCGGUAGGCAGGGCGGCCGGGAGGAUUCUGGUGGCGGGGAGACCAACAGCGGCGGUAGGCAAGGCGGCCGGGAGGAUUCCGGUGGCAGGGAGACCAGCGGUGAUGGCCGGUAG